AUGGAGGUCCACAGAUGUCGAUUCGUCGACUACGUCCCUUCCGCCGCCAAUGCACUCGCAUUCGCCCCCAACACCACCCGCCCAAUCCUCGCCUGCGGACGGGCUAACGGAGAUAUCGAGCUCUGGAACCCAAAGCACGACUGGACCUUGGAAAAGGUCAUCCCAGGAGGAAAGAACACGUCGGUCGAAGCUAUUGCCUGGGCACAUCAGACAGUUUUGACUGAGGACGAGGACUUCUGGGACUCUGAGAAGGAAAAGCAGGCUGCCAUCAAGAAGCUCACCAAGACCCCUCCAAGACUGUUCUCUGCUGGAUUGAACGCCGUCGUGACAGAAUGGGAUCUGACCUCCUUGAAGCCCAAGCGCUCGGUCGACUCUCACGGAGGAGCUGUCUGGUGCAUGGCCACCAACAACGCCAACACUGUCCUGGCUGUCGGAUGUGAAGACGGCUGCGUUAGACUUUUUGAUAUCGCCGACGGCGAGUUUGCCUUCAUUCGCUCUUUUGACAAGCAGAGGACGAGAAUUCUGUCGUUGGCUUGGUCGCAGGAUGAUAAGAUUAUGGUGACAGGAUCCGCCAACAGCAGCAUAUACAAGUGGGAUGUUGAGCAAGGUCGGGUUGCCACUCGCAUGACCGUGGAACGUGUUCCUGGCGAGGAUACCCUUGUCUGGUCAGUCAAGAUUCUCUCCACCGGCGAUAUUGUCAGUGGUGAUUCUCUUGGUCACGUCAAGAUCUGGGAUGGCACUACUACAACCAUGAUCCAAUCCUUCAACUCGCACGGUGCUGAUGUUCUCUGCCUUGCCGUUGGACGUGAUGGCACCACUGUUUUCUCGUCGGGUGUCGACCGCAAAUGCAACCAAUACCGCCUAGUGGAUCAACCUGCGCCAAAGAAGACUGGAAAGAACGGAACGACCCAUGGAAAGACCGAGAUGGUCAACAAGUGGGUUUUGUCCGCCACUAGACGAUUCCACUCGCACGAUGUGCGCGCAAUGGCAAUGGACGAGAGCAGGAAUGUCGAUGCCUUGGUUACAGGAGGUGUCGACGUUUCUUUAGUUGUCUGCAGCGCCUCCCAAUUCACCGAUAUCAACCAGCGCCGUAUCUCAUAUGUCCCUCAAAGACCCGUCAUCUCUAUGAGCAAAUCGACUCGCCUUAUGCUCUGUCGACAGGCCAAUGGCAUCAAGGUCUGGCGCCUUGGAAAGUCCGCAUCGCCAAUUCAGCCCUUCUCGGACUUUGAGAUUGGAGCACAUAUGGAUCUGAUUGAACCACAGCAGGCUGUUUUGGAGAUGAACUUCAGGGACGACCGCAACCUUACCUCCAGCGCAAUGUCUGAGGAUGGCCACUGGAUCGCUGUUGCAGAUAUUGAAGAAGUCAAGUUGUUCCGUAUCGAUGAAAACCCCUCCCUUCCUGGUCAGUUGAUUGUCAAGAAGCAAAAGUCAUUCCCAGGCGUCCGUGGAACUGGAGCUCACUUCCUCGCCUUCACCCCUGAUAACUCUCGCCUUGUGGUUGCCUCGACUGAUUCGACUGUGGUUAUCGUGGGUAUUUCUCAGUGGGAGUCUAAAAAGUUCGAUGUCCUUGCCAAGUUUUCUCAGCACAGAGGAGUUGGUGGCAAGGUUGCCGGAUCCAUGGAUGUGGAUGGUGAGGAGCAGGAAGUUUCUGGGGGAGAUGGCCAUGUUGAGACGAUCAUCUCCAUGGCUGUGUCGGCCGACGGUCAGUGGUUGGCAACAGGCGAUGUCAAGAACAGGAUCUUUGUGUUCAACCUGGAUACCGUUCAGCACCAUGCAACUCUCCCAACAUUCGAUGCUCCAUUGACGGCCCUUCACUUCCACCCUUCCUCGCCAGUGCUGGUUAUUCCAACGGCGAGCAAUGUGUUCUAUGUGUUCAAUGUCGAGACACGACUCAUGUCGGACUGGUCGCGCGAAUACUCGUCAGAUAAGGCGUUUCCAACAAAGUUCUUGGCAUUCAGGGACAAGAUCCAAGGUGUCGCCUUCAACCCCGCUCGCAAGAACACGUUGAUGGUUUGGGGCGCAAAGUAUAUGUGCCACGUGGACCUGACCCUAGGUGUCGGAGACCGCAACGCAGCUCUGAGUGUUGGAAAGAGGAAACGAGAUGAGAUGAUCGAGGCAGAGAAACGCAAGCAGCAGCGGGAACGCCGGAUGAUGAAAUACGCCGAGAACGGAGUCCUGUCGGCACCGGAUAUGGAGAAUGGAGAGGCUGUUGUUGUAUUAGAGAAGAACGGCAAGAAGGUCCGGAAGGUGUUGACAGACGACUUUAUGGAGAAUCAGGAGGCAGAGGUGAACUUUCAGGUUAUUCACAAGUUCCAGCCGUUGAUGUUUGUUGACUUUUUGGACGACAACUCGCUGGUUGUGGUUGAGCUUCCAUUUAUCAAGAUCUUGUCGACCCUGCCGCCAAGCUACUACCGCGCCAGCUACGGAACGAACAGAACCUCGAUGGAACACGGCGAACACCGCUCAUGCGCCUACGGACUACGCCAUCAGGCGCGCUGUCUUUCCGCCAUCAAGUCGACCGAUGGCAAGAGCAGUUUUAUUAUUGGCACACAGGAACUCUCCCGGCCCAACGAGGUCCAUUUGUUGACGUUUGAUGAGGAGUUCUUUGAGAUUAGCACAACCAUAUUCAAUCACCCGCACGAGAUCUGGGAUAUCUCGGCGUCCAAGGAGGAUCCGGAUCUGUUCUUUACGUGCUACCGAGAAGUCAUUUGGCAGGACAAGACAGAGGUCAUCUCGGUUGAGGACUGGCGUAUAUGUAUUUGGGAUAUCGAUAUUAAACAAGGCACCGCCAAGUUGACGGGAUCGAUUGAUACACCGGACAAGGGGUUCAAGUUUACAAGUGCAGUGAUGAACCCUCAUGCUCAGGAAGUUGUGGCUGUGUACGGACGUUCGAUUCAGGGCUGGAACUUGAGCUCGCUCAAGCCAACGUUCACAAUCAAGGAUGCUCAGCCAGCGCUACUUUUCUGUGUGGAUUAUAAUCCGAAUCGCCCCUUCCAGAUAGCCACAGGAGGCGAUGACUGCAAGGUCAGGAUAUGGGAUGUCAGGGAUAUAACCGCUGGACCCAUCAUGACCAUUCAAGAUCACACCCACUGGGUGUGGUCGGUGGCGUACAACAAGUUUCACGACCAGUUGAUGCUGACGUCUAGUUCAGAUUGCCAGGUGAAUCUGCAGAGUAUUGUGUCGAUCUCGACAGGGGCCGAGUACAAAUAUGAAGGGGAUGCGAGUGAGGGUGAACAAGGUGCGGAAGAGGAUGGAGAGCAGGGCGACAACGUGCAAGAUCCCCCGACGGAUGGGCUUGUUCAGGCGUUUGACCAGCAUGAGGACUCUGUGUACCAGGUUGCGUGGAGCAGUGUAGAUCCAUGGCUGUUCAUGUCGCUGUCGCAUGAUGGGCGGGCGGUGAUGAAUCAGGUCCCGAGUGAAGAGAAGUUCAAGAUUCUCUUGAACUAUUGA